ACUGGACUGUUGCAGCGCUAUCGUUAGUCGUACGUUCUACGUGGUACAAGACGGACGCACAAUGUGGAAGAGCACGACCGUGAUUUUCAUUCUUGCUUGCGGCGUAGCUCUUUUAUUCCGGUCUAGUCCUAUUAAUAGGCCCAACUUGCCUGAGACAUUCUGGGGGCCGGAAAAAAACAAGGGAGCCUCGAAGGAAGUACGACCUUUCGUUAUUAAAGUACCAAAAUCGGUAAUUGAUGACCUAAAUGAACGGCUGACAAAAAGAAGAGAGCUGGUGGAACCAUUAGAAGAUACUGCAUGGACUUACGGCAUUAGUACAACGUACUUGAAAGAUGUUCUUGAAUAUUGGGCCACGAAGUAUAAUUGGUCUGAACGGGAAGCGUUGCUCAAUAAGUAUCCUCAAUUCAUGACCAAUAUACAAGGUCUGGACAUACAUUUUUAUCACGUGAAGCCUCAUAUCCCGCCGGAACGUAAAAACAUAAAGGUUUUUCCAUUAUUGAUGGUUCACGGCUGGCCAGGAUCCAUAGUGGAAUUCCAGAAAAUUAUUCCCAUGUUAACGACACCACGUCCCGACAGAGACUUUGUGUUUGAAGUAAUCGUACCUUCACUUCCGGGAUAUGGAUUCUCGCAAGCGGCCGUAAGGCCAGGAUUGGCCACACCGCAGAUAGCUGUUAUAUUCAAAAACCUCAUGCUGCGACUCGGUUUUAACAAAUUUUACGCCCAAGGCGGAGACUGGGGCUCACAAGUUGUUACGGAUAUAUCAAGUCUUUUUCCAGACAAUCUUCUUGGCACUCAUAUGAAUAUGUGUGCAAUUAUGGGUACGUCCAGUACAGUGUGGACUUUGAUCGGUUCGAUUUUUCCUUCACUCGUUGUCGACAAAGAACAUGCCGAUAGAAUGUAUCCUUUGGGACAUCACAUGAGUCGACUGCUUGAGGAAACUGGAUACAUGCAUAUACAAGCUAGUAAACCAGAUACUAUAGGAACCGCUGUGGCAGCCUCGCCAGUCGCAUUAGCAGCAUAUAUUUUGGAAAAGUUUAGCACAUGGACAAAUCCAGACUAUAGAUUCCGUCCGGAUGGCGGUCUCCUUGAGAAAUACACUUUAGAUGAGCUCCUGGAUAAUCUUAUGGUUUAUUGGGUUACCAAUUCUCUGCCUACGAGUGUACGACUUUAUGCCGAGAAUUUCGGCUCGGCUCACAUGGAAAGCAAGAUAGACCAAUUGCCUGUUAAUGUGCCAUCAGCGUGUGCGAUAUUUCCUCACGAGAUAUUUUAUCAGCCAGAAAGUCUUCUUCGUGAGAAAUAUACUAAUCUGAUACAAUUUAAUUAUUUACCGCGCGGAGGUCACUUUGCUGCGUUUGAAGAACCGGCUCUCUUAGCGGAUGAUGUCUUCAAGUUUGUGUUCACGGUUGAAGAUACCAAGAAAAAAAAUAAUGCCAAAAACAUGCCAAACGCGGAGAAGAAAAUAAAAGAGCCUACAAAAAUUUGAACGAAUAUUUAGCCGUGCUAUUUUAUCUAAUAAUAAAAUGUGAAGCAAUAGAUACUAGAUUUUACAUUAAAAACAAUGCUGUUUUGUAAAAUAUUAAAAUUUUUUAAAUAAAAUUAUUAUUUUUCU